AUGAACGAUGUGACGAAGCUCUAUGCCAACCAGCCUUCGAAUGACGUACAACGCCGUUUUAUGAACGAUGCCAAAACGUACCAUGAUGCCGCACGCAUCGCGUGUGUCGCUACGUCCCAUCCCGAAGUCUUCCCUGCGACCGCGCCAGCUCCAGCUGCUCUUCUUAACAGGGUGAUGGAAGAACUGCGCACGCUCAACGCCAAGCUGGAUGCGCAGAGUACCAAGCUGGAUGCACAGAGCAGAGGUAUUCAUAACAUUGAAAGCCAAAUGAAGCAACAGGGGAAGACACUUCGUGAACUCGACAUACGCUCCGCAAAAAUGCAUAAUCGGACAGUAGGGGAUGGCACAGAGCCAGCAUACCUCAUUGUCAAAAGGCUGUCUGACGAUGAGAACCCACCUUCUCUGAUCUACUCGAUGGCCGACUUACUCGCGCUAAACCUGGAUCAAGCUAUGGCUGUCUGUCAUUUCUAUGAUUCUCAUUUCCGCACUGCGGGGAAUCGUGAACUUGGAUCAUGUCGAGUGUUCAUCGCACGCUCAAUCGGCGUACAUACGCAUGUGGUGAUGGACAUUCCGAUGGACCAUUAG